AUGUUCCGGGUAGCACGGUUUCCGUUUUGUCCGGGGAAUGUUGAUAGUGGGACACCAUCUGCAUUUGUGCAGAAACUAGCUGUCUCAUAUACAUGUUUACUUAUUUCAAGCGUUUUAUCCACAGAAGUACACUAACUAACAUAAAUGAGUUGUAAAGGAGACUCAAAUGACUCUCCUUCCAAACGCAAAGUUGUGUAUGUCUAUAGUCCUCAAUACACCGAGACAUGCGACUCGCUAUCAAAAGUCCCCAACCGGGCAAGUAUGGUGCAUUCACUCAUAGAAGCUUAUGGUUUACUUCAACACAUGAGUGUUGUGAAGCCCCGUGUUGCGACCAUUGAGGAGAUGGCCAAGUUCCACACAGACGCCUACCUGGAGCAUCUCCACAAAAUCAGCCAGGAUGGAGACAAUGAUGACCCCCAGUCUGGGGACUUUGGCCUGGGUUAUGACUGCCCGGUGGUGGAGGGUAUCUAUGACUAUGCUGCAGCGGUCGGUGGUGCCACCCUGACUGCUGCCCAGUGCCUGCUGGAUAAGAGGGGUGAGGUGGCGAUCAACUGGGCAGGAGGCUGGCACCACGCCAAGAAGGAUGAGGCAUCAGGCUUCUGUUAUGUGAAUGAUGCUGUGCUGGGGAUUCUCAAGCUGAGAGAGAAAUAUGAGAGAGUUCUUUAUGUGGAUGUGGACCUUCAUCAUGGAGAUGGUGUGGAAGAUGCCUUCAGUUUUACCUCCAAAGUGAUGACUGUGUCUCUGCACAAGUUCUCCCCCGGAUUCUUCCCAGGUACAGGGGACCUGUGUGACACAGGGAUGGGCAAAGGAAGAUGGUACGCUGUCAACGUCCCUCUGGAUGAUGGCAUCAAAGACGACAGAUAUUUCCACGUCUUCACCAGUGUGAUGCAGGAAGUGCAGGCGUUGUUUAACCCGGAAGCAGUAGUGAUGCAGCUGGGAGCUGACACCAUGGCCGGGGACCCCAUGUGCUCCUUCAACAUGACCCCUGUAGGGGUGGCCCAGUGUCUUUGCCACGUACUAGACUGGCACCUACCCACACUGCUGUUGGGAGGAGGUGGGUAUAACCUAGCCAACACGGCCCGUUGUUGGACCUACCUGACUGGGGCCGUACUGAGACAAACACUGGCCUCUGAGAUACCUGACCAUGAGUUCUUCACAGAGUACGGUCCCGAUUACUCUCUGGAGAUCAGUCCCAGCUGUCGACCGGACCGCAAUGAGACCAAACAGCUGGACAAGGUCAUCUCAACCAUCAAAGGGAAUUUGAAGAAUGUGGUUUAAGAGCAGAGUCUCAUGUUUCCAAUCAGGGCCUCCUGGGGUAAUGAACACACACCAGGCUGAUGAAGACCGUAUGUUGGAGCUCCAUCCUUUGCCAACGGGGAGGAGAGGGAGAUGUUGGGGGGGGAGCAGGAAAAUUGUG